AAAUUCAAAAAAAAGAAAAAUCUCCAACCUCGAAUCUACACGUCUCUCUCCAACUUCUCUAUGAAGAUUUUCAGCCUCCCUUUUCACAUGGUCCAUGAAAAUUUCCUCAUUUUUUCUGCUGGUAAAUUAUAUCAUAGCCUGUGAAGUUUCUCGCGAUUUUCGUUUUAUGAUUGGGUUAUUUGAUAAACUUUGUUGUGGCAUGAUUUGGUCAACUGAUUGACAAAAACCCUUCGAGUUGAAAGUUUGUUGUGGGUUUUCCUUGUCUUGUAAAGCUUGCUUGGAACUUGUAUAGUUCAAUCCACUAGUACUUUUGGAUUCGCAAGAGAGUUUGUGAGAGUGAAGAAAAUGAUGGAAGCUUUUCUUGCUUCAGUUCAGAAAAAUAUAAAAUCUGAAGGAGAGGAAGUGAAAUCUGCAAUACUACCUCUAUUGAAGCUUAUAGCGCUUGCUCUCCCCGGUUUAAUUCUUGCUCACCCAAAAGUCCAACUUGUCCCUAAAGCUACUUUCAAGCUCCUUAGUAAGCUUGUUUUUGCUUUGUUCUUGCCUUGUUUAAUAUUCACUCAACUUGGUCCAUCCAUCUCUCUCGAGAAUAUUGUUCGCUGGUGGUUCAUUCCUGUAAAUGUAAUCAUUAGUACUGCCAUUGGUUGCAUAUUGGGUUGCUUGGUGGCGUUUAUAUGCCGGCCACCGAGGGAGUUUGUUCGGUUCACAAUCAUCAUGACUGCUUUUGGCAACACUGGCAAUAUUCCACUGGCAGUAGUUGCAUCAGUGUGUCACAGUUCUGAUGCUCCUUUCGGUCCGGAUUGUUAUGGAAAUGGUAUUGCUUAUGUAUCCUUUUCUCAAUGGGUUUCUGUUAUUCUCGUUUACACACUUGUUUACCACAUGAUGAAGCCCCCAUUGGAGCAGUGUGAGAUUGUUGAUGAAGAGAUAGAGAUUGAGUUGGUGCCUGCUGAUCUCAGUAAGCCUCUCCUUGUAGAAGCUGAGUUGCCAGGAAUAGAAGAAAAGGAAACUGAACAUAGCAAGACGCCUUUCAUUCCUAGCCUCUUCAAUAGCGUCUCUGGCAUUUCACAAACAAAUUUUCCUGAUCUUGAAGCAAUGAAAGAGGGAAGAGAGGAGGGAGGUGAAAGUAGCUCCAAGUCCAUUAGGUGCUUGGCAGAACCUAGGGUGGCUAGAAAGAUUAGAGUUGUUGCUGAACAGACACCAAUUCAUCACAUUCUCCAGCCUCCAACAGUUGCUUCUUUCUUAGCUAUUGUUAUUGGAGUGAUCCCUGCUCUCAGACAUAUGGUUUAUGGUGCCCAUGCUCCUCUUGAAGUUAUCACAGACAGUUUAGGUACGAUGGCUGAUGCCACAGUGCCUUCUGUUAUGCUUAUUCUUGGGGGAAUGCUUGGUGAGGGUCCAAAUGAAUCGAAACUUGGGAUUCGGACCACGAUUGGCAUUAUUGUUGCAAGGCUGUUGGUGCUUCCUGUAAUUGGAAUUGGGGUCGUCUAUUUGGCUGAUAAAUGGAAUUUCUUAAUCGCCGGGGACCGAUUGUACCAGUUUGUGCUUUUGCUGCAAUACACUACACCUAGUGCCAUUUUGUUGGGAGUUAUUGCAAGCUUGAGAGGUUAUGCAGUUAAGGAGGCUUCGGCACUCUUGUUCUGGCAGCAUGUGGGCGCUGUGCUCUCUCUUUCGAUAUAUAUCAUUGUCUACUUUAAACUGCUUUUUUCGUAUAUCUGAGGGUUGUGGGAAAGAAUAUCGUUGCUGAGCUUCCUACAGUGGGAUUCCUUCUUGCUGCCUAGCUGAUAUCAAUGCCCUUCCCGGAAAAAGAAGAAAACAAAGAGAGGUUUAAGUGUAGUUGCACUAGAACAAAGACUGAAACUUUGGGGCAUACGUAUAACUCCAGCUUAUUGAAGUAGAGUUCUGCUAAUUAUGUUAUUUUCACCAUUCUUUUAGCUGUCAUAUUUGCAGAUUCUGUUUAGAAAAAAGUUGCAUGUAAGCUUUAGAUCAUGAACUUCCUAAAUAUUCCCAUAAGUACAUAUAAUUAUCUCAAUAAGAUCUAGGUUUGAAGAAGUCUAUUAAUUCCUUGACAGUCACCAAGUUUGCAGCUUUUAAUUUUGUCAUAUCAUUGUUUAUAUCAUCAAAUAACAAAUGCCAACCUCAUUUCAAACCAUAACUUUUUUUAUCCUCCAUUUAAUGUCAUUAAAAUGGAUAAAUCUUUCUUGAUAUGGCACUGCACUAACAAAAAAAGAAGCUAAAGGCCAUUAUUUAUUCUAGAUUAGAUUUUUGUUUUUGUGCUAUUGAAUGAUUUUAGAUUUGGAAGUUAGCUGGUUUUUUGACAGUUCAAUGUCAAACUUGAUUCAAAAUUUCAACUGGGGUUGUCUUCUUUGAAUUUAAAUGAACCUGCAUCACUUUUCUGGUGGAUCAUGUCCAUGCAUUUAACAAAGACUGAAUCCUUCCUUGCUUGGAAUGAUUGAUUUGUAGCAACAUGACCUUUCAUUUGUAUCUAGAACAAAUAAUGAACUAGCAUUCAUCACGAUCAUGACUGCAUGGCAAUUUGAAAUCUAAAACAUUGAUAUAGUUGACACACGGAUCCUAAUAAUUAAAAUCUAAAAUUAAUUUUUCUGUUUUUGUUAGCAUCAGUAAUAAAUUUUAAAUUGAUGUGUGUUCUAUCCACAAGCCAAUUAUUUUUCUUUCUUUUUUUAUUAUGGGAAAUAGUAGAGGGGUUUGACUUUGGAUGCAUACAGUUUCAUUGUAAAUGUUCAAAUGAAUGUCUAUAACUGAUUCGAGGCAAUGGUUAUGAAGAAGAAUUCAAUUAAUCCUUUAAAAAGCAGAACCAAAAGCAAAGAUGCUAGAGUAUUACUAUAUGUAGUAAAAUUAUUCCUUGAGCUGCACCUUCUUCUUUACAGUACAACCUCUUAGAAAUGAUAACAUAGUUAUUCUCAGUAAAACUUUUAUGGCUUUUCAAGUAAAGGUUUUAUGCAAAGACAGAAAUUCAUGCUAUCAUGACGAAGAUGGAAAGAAUAUUUUCUGUCUUUUAGCCAUGUUCAAUUUUGAGAUCUCCAAUAAUGAUGCAGAUGCGAGAUGAUAGAACUGGGAAUGGAUUGUUAAUGUUGUGUCCAACUUGUUAGGUCAAUUGGCGUUGUUUAUUUUUAGUUUUGCAGUUAUGAAACUGAUUCAGUUUUCACACUGAAUGCCAUGCUGUCUGUAUGAGAAAUGAAUCUAUGCUUUACUUUUACAAUUGCAAGCAUUUUUUCCAGGAUGCUCUUUCUUUUUUUUUUUCUUUGGUCUGAUUUGAAUAGGUUAUGCUCCCCUUGGUUUUAUCACUGUUGUUCACAAUCCUCUACUACAACGGCCUCAUGCUAUUGUAAAUUACAGUUAUUGUAAAUGUUUCAGCUCAAAUCAGAUAGCCAACCGACAUCCAAGAAAGGCAAAUGCAUAGACUGGUUUGUGCUUUUACCUACUGUUUUUAGUGUUGGUGGUUCGGAUUAUUGUUAUGUGAGUGUUGGAGCUUAUAUGCCCUGAAAGAUUACAAAGUCUGUGGAUGCUGAACUGUUAAAAGGAAGUAACUAGAUGAAUUGGACAUGGAUGGCAUCUAUGCCAUUUUGUGUUAUCAUCCACAAUUUUCCAGCAAUAUGGAUAUAGCACGUUCCAUAAGAUUAAUUUGCUGUAGUAUUACAAUUAUUGCUGGACACUGAGUAGUGUGAACUUAAUUUUUAUUAUGAUUUCAUUCCUUUCCUUUCCUUUAAUCUUUGCUGGAUUCUCCUCCUCAGUGAUUUCCAAAACAAUUCUUGCAUGUUUGCAGAGACACUCUGCAGUUUUGCAGGCCCAAGGUAUGGAUGAAGAUGACAUGCCAGAAAUCAAUGACGAAACCCUUCUUGACGAAGAAGCCAUGGCUAGGAGCUGUCAAAGCAUUUGAAGAGUUCAGGCUUUCUAUCUAUGGAGACAAUGAUGAUGAGGAAAGUGCCAUUGGCAAUGGAAAAGCAAACGAUGCCGCCAAAAAAAAAAAAAACCAGUUGCUGAAAAUGCAGCUAAGGAGUCUGCAAACUACAACUGGCCAGAUCUUACUGAUAAUGGACAUGAUACUGGUGUUUCACCUCUGCAGGUAUAGAGCAGUGAAGGGAUUGAAGUUGCUAGGAACCAAGUCAGCCUCAAUUGUUCCUUGAAAACCCUGAAGAUUUUGGAAGACUCUACUGUAUAGACUAGAGCGCAAAAGAGCUAACAUUAAGAGCUGUGAAGCAUUGGUGUGGGCAGAUCUUGAGAGGGAUUCUUUACUUCCAUAGCCAUGACCCCCGCUAUGAUCCAAAGAGAUCUGAAGUGUCAUGUUUUUGUGAAUGGGAACCAAGGAGAAGUGAAGAUUGGAGAUUUUGGCCUUGCUGCACUUCUUACAUAAUAGCAUGCUUCUUACAUAAAAAUAUAUCUUUAUUUUCCCAUCCUUUCUUCAUGGAGAUCUUUCUACUACUAAUCUUUUUUGUAUGUCAUUUCUCACCUAUUUGUGAUCAGUGAUUCGCUUAAUGACGAUUGUGAAUCCCCCGCAGCGAAUCGCGGGGAAAGCCAGCUAGUUAGAUUCCAAACUUUGUUGGUUGUUUGUGCAAGGUAUAAUUAAUAUAUUUAGGAUUCCUUGCACAUGUCUGAAGUCUAGACCAUGCUCAGAUUUGACAGAUGGAGGGUGUCUUUUCAGCAGACAUCAUAGAUAUUUGCUAAAAUGUUCCUGAUUUAUUCUGAAUUGAUUUGCACUUCAACA